ACUCAGCAGGGAUUGUCUCAAUCUAAAUUAGGGAUCCAGAUAAAGAUUGCCGCCCUGUUACUGGAUUGAAUAUGGAUUUCAUUCGCCUAUAUAUGGCUUCCUGCUGAGCUUGAACAUUGAGCUCAUGAAGCGAAACGGAAACAUAAUUUCCUUUACUUAAUAUUAGCAUAUCAGGCAUUGAUUUCAUUUUGUCUCGAGCGCAUCGCGACCCUUUGCACAGUGGCGCGCGUGCACGUGUUGGGGCGUGAACGCGCCACAGUCUGGACCGCCGUCUAGUCAGACAGUCUGCGACUCGUGAAGCAAAAAGGAGGGGCGAAUAUUGGGGAUGCCACAGGAAUGAUCCAUUAACCCCGCACAACCCACAUCCGCAUUUAUGGAUUAGUUUCUCCUGAAGUCAAAGCCAUCAUAUGUAUUGUUUUCGUCAUCACUGAAGUUACUUAAAUAUCCCCACUUUGCAAGCGGAGCACAUGAUGAAGGACCAGAGAUGUUCUGAUUGAAAGGAGGAUCUGGCAGCCUUUCGAUAACAAUGCUGGAGAACUUGAGCGGAGCCCACAUUGAUCGACCCGCCCCUAGAUCAUCCACGUUCAGCUUCUCUGCCCUGUUUGCUCUGCCACACCACCUUCACAUGGAUGGAAGCAGUCAUCCAUUCAGGAGGACUCUGUACCGCUUGAAGUUGGUAAGUUCUCCAAAUCUGAGUCAGCUGGGCAAAAAUGAAAAGGCUUCACUGGAGGAGAGAGGAUCAGGCCCUAAUGCCACAUGGAACAGCAUUCACAACGCAGUUAUUGCUGUAUUCCAAAAGAAAGGACUGGCGGACAACGAACUCUAUACACUCAAUGAAGGUGUGAGGCAGCUAUUGAAAACGGAGUUGGGCUCAUUCUUUACAGAAUACCUCCAGAAUCAGCUUUUAACUAAAGGCAUGGUCAUUUUACGGGACAAAAUACGGUUUUAUGAAGGUCAGAAGUUACUGGACUCUUUGGCUGAGACCUGGGACUUCUUCUUUUGUGAUGUUCUCACCAUGCUUCAAGCCAUCUUCCACCCCGUCCAGGGGAAGGAGCCAUCGGUGCGUCAGCUGGCCCUGCUGCACUUCCGAAACACCAUCACCCUUAACGUGAAGCUGGAGGAGGCUCUGUCCAGACCGCGAGCACGCGUCCCUCCCUCCAUCGUCCAGAUGCUUUUGGUGUUACAGGGGGUUCAUGAAUCUAAAGGUGUGAGUGAAGAAUACCUGAAGCUGGAGUCUCUCAUUCAGAAGGUGGUGUCACCGUACCUGGGCACGCAGGGACUGUGUUCACAUGAGUGUGGCGCCUCUCAGUGCUCCUGUGUUAUCGAGAGGCAUUUGCAGUAUUGCUGGUCCAAGUCUGCAGACCUGCCCUCCAGUAAUCCAGUAGUGCGCUCCAAGAGUUACAACAUCCCCAUGCUGACCCCUGUGGCCGAGUACGACUCUGAAGUGAGCUCUGUGGGCAGCGUCGGCAUCCGGCGUCACUCUGCGUGUGACGUCACUUCCUGCAUAGAGCCCCAAGGCUAUUCGGCCCUGUCUGUGGGAAUAGAGACCAGCUCGACCCCUAGACUCUCACUUGAUCACGAUCUCACCCUGUCUGGUGUGAUGCGAGGGGCCACAGGACAGCCAGCUCUGAUUUCUCCACCCGUCUUCAUCCACACCUCCGCAGGGUGUCUGCAUGCAGUGGACGCCCCGUUGGCUUUAUCCGAAGUGGACAAGGCCCCCUCAUCGCCCCCGAGCUGCUCCUCCAGUCCGGAGACCAUUGUAAUGCAGGGGCUGGACUCACUGGAAUCGGAUCCUGACGGUAUCUUCAUUGACUUUUCCCACUGCCGCUCUGAUUCUUUCGGAACGAGCAGGAAAACUAGCUGAUGGAAUCAAAUUGCUGUGAAGAAUCCAUU